GUUGAACAAGCGCAGGACGUCAUUGUACAUGGGCUAGAUCGCCUUCGUCAGGCUGAGGAUGUUGAACUGAGUGGGUUCCUUGGCACCAAGAUUCACGGACUGAGCACUGAUGUUCAAUGCGAGACUCUCAGUCAGCACAGAUCCAUCACAAUGACACAGUUCCUGACAUAG